CACGAAGUGUCAUUGCUGUCAAAACAGUCAUUGCCUCCACUAUUGCAUAUACGAGGCCAUUUCUUCUGCAUCCUACCAUAUCCCUAGAUUAUACAUAUUACCUUUGCCAGCAUGGCGCCUAUGAUGAUUGAGAAUGAGAACGAUGUUGAGGUGGGGGAGAGUCUGCCUCCUAUGACUGAGCACGCUGUCAGUGUCUCAUUACCUACGUGGAGAGCGAAUGUAGGCUACGAAGAAGGUGAAGACUGGGUGAUCAGCAAGAUGAAGACUGGGUAUCCCAGGUUCUUCAUACACAAACAGAUCCAAAGCUUUGCUACGGACAUAUUGCAGAAACAUGGGAGAGAAGGAGAAGGCGCGAUGCUCUUCCCAACACAUUGCACUGCGUCGAGAUGUCGGGAUUUUAUCAUCAGGAUCGCUGCGGACCAAGACACUUCGCAGGUGAGGAUUAUGGACUUGAUACCAGCACUCGAGUCGCAACGUGCCGAACAGAUGAACGCCAUCUCGCCCAAAAUCUCCGCCGUAUUGUACCCGCUGGAUCUUUUCAAGGUUGCAAAGCAGUUCUGGCAGCACUCAGGAGACGGUGUGUCGAGCAGGAGAGCGGAGUACUGUCACCACUUGUUUGAGAAGGGCCUUUUAGUGGACGCUGAAAAGAUCAACGAGGCACCAGCUCGCAUGUGCAAAGGACCUCGUCGAUAUCAGAACAAGAAAGCUUCGGUCGACCUCGAUGCUCCGGCUGUUCAACAAGAUGCCGAGACUCUUACACAGUUUGUUGAGCAGAGAUUUGGUCGCAACCUAGAUCUGUCCAUGACCAAGAACGCUAAACUUGCUGUGCGCCGCCGCAUCGCCGGCUCGCUUACUGCGGACGUUGCACUGGCCGAAGCACUCUCCCUUGAUGCCGACUCUGAGCGCACACGCGGUGCUGACUUCUCCGAGGACGAUGUCUACCUCUACCCGACUGGAAUGAGCGCUAUCUUCAACACACACAGGAAUCUGCUCGCAGUCAAAGGAGAACGCAAGGCCAUCGUCUACGGCUUCCCAUACAUCGACACAUUAAAGAUCACAGAGAAGUUCGGGCCCGGAUCGCUCUUCUACGGCUACGGCUCAAGCGAAGAGCUGGAUGAUCUGGAGAACCGCCUCGAGAGCGGCGAGAAGUACCUCGCCCUCUUCACAGAAUUCCCUGGCAACCCACUCCUCCGCAGUCCCGAUUUGCAGCGCAUACACAAGCUCGCGGAGAAAUACGACUUCUGUGUCGUCGUCGACGAAACAAUUGGCAACUUCAUCAACGUCAAUGUGCUCCCGUACGCCGACGUGGUCGUCAGCAGCCUAACCAAAGUCUUCAGCGGUGACAGCAACGUCAUGGGCGGCGGUCUAGUUCUCAAUCCGAAAGCGCAGAAUUACGCGCUACUCAAGCAGCGGUGGACAGAAGACUACGAAGACAACCACUGGUGUGAAGACUCCAUUUUCCUCGAGCGCAAUAGCCGCGACUUUGUGUCGAGAAUUGAGCGCAUUGGCUUGAAUGCCGAGGCGAUUUGCGACGUGCUCAGUGCGCAUCCGCGGGUCAAGCAGGUCAAUUAUCCUAAGACGAGUCCGACAAGGGAGUUCUACGAGAAGUGCAGGAAUCCUAAAGGUGGAUAUGGUGGGCUGUUGUCUGCGACAUUCUACACCAUGGCAGAUGCUGUUGCGUUCUUCGACAGUCUUGAUACCGUCAAGGGACCCAGUCUGGGCACCAACUUCACGCUGAGUAGUCCCUAUGUCAUCCUGGCACACUAUGGCGAGUUGGACUGGGCUGCGAAGUGGGGCGUCGAAGCUGACCUGAUUCGCUUCAGUGUUGGACUGGAGGAGACGAGUAAGCUGAUUGAUACGUUCAAGAGGGCAUUGGACGCGAUGGACAAGGUGGAGCAGUCAUAGUCCUUGACAAAGUUACGUGCCUGCAUAUUAGUAGGCGCAGAACUAGACGGCUUGUAGCGUGUGCCCGCAUCCGUGCGAGACCCGGGGAUGGAAUUUGUACUGCACCUAAGCGUCUCCGAUGAGCUACUCAGUUAGCAUUCACAUCUCAACAGCAACACUAAGUUCUACAGGCAGAUAGAUGCUAAUCUUGUUUAUACUGUUUGUACAUUUUACG